AAAAAACCAGCUCCAGAGUCGACAGUUGAUUUCGAGUCGUCGUUCGGUCGGGUUUCUUUCUUCGAGUUCUGCUUCCUGGUUGGGGAACGGAGUUGUUUUGCGACUCAUGCCAGCGAGAAGACGGUGAGACAGGUAUUUUUUUCUGGUAACGGUUUCUGGAGCUACGAUGGCGUGGAAGUGGACAGCGUUAGUGGCUCUCUGUAUCUUGCUGGUGUCUGGUGUUGUGUCUCAAAUUGAAGACGUGGGAGAGAAUGAAGUCGAGGAACCUUCGAAGGAGGAAGGCAAAUUCUUCCCUAAGCUACUCUCUCACAUCUUCGACAUCUUGAGCUUCAGAAAGGUGGUGGCAGAACUGAAAGUCGGAAAGACAUCGCCGACAAUGUGUUUUGUAUGCAAAUUCGGAAUUGCUCUGCUCCAACAUUUUGUGGAAACAGACAAACCACAAGAAGAAAUCGCACAUAUUGCCUACACCAUAUGCUCUACUCUAAAAUUAGACAGCGACAGGGUUUGUGCGGGUAUAAUUAAUCUCUUCAAGGAUGAAAUUAUGUACGUCUUCCAAAGAACUACUCUAGGGCCUCAGGAAGUAUGUGGAGUUCUUCUAGGUAAUGACUGCGCCAGAAUUACUUCUCCACUACAUAACUGGACUGUGCCUCUCACUCCCUUUCCCAAACCUCCCCCAGAAGAAAUCAAAGAGCCGAAGGCUGGAGCACCCGUCUAUCGAGUUCUCCAUUUAUCCGACACUCAUUUAGAUCCCUAUUACCUGGAAGGAUCUAAUGCUGACUGCAAAGAACUGAUGUGUUGUCGCAUAGCCGAUGGUCCAGCACCAACUCCAGCGCAAGCAGCUGGAAAAUGGGGAGACUACAGAAACUGCGACACACCUUUGCGCACACUGGAGCAUAUGUUACGGCACAUUACUUCUCGCCAUAAAAUUGAUUACGUACUAUGGACAGGUGAUAUUCCACCACACGAUGUCUGGAACACAACCCGACCGGAGCAAGUUCGAUUACUGCAUUACGUAUCACGAAUCCUUCAGCGCCAUCUGCCGGGAAUACCUGUUUACCCAGCUCUUGGAAAUCAUGAAAGCGCGCGAAUUAAUAGUUUCCCACAACCGGAAGUAAAAGGCAGAUUUUCUAUUCAAUGGCUUCAUGAAGAAGUAACUAAAGCCUGGGGGCACUGGCUUCCGCCGGAAGCACUGCGUACCUUGCGGAAAGGAAUGUAUUACGCAGUGCGUAUCAAUCCUGGAUUACGACUUCUCUCUCUCAACAUGAAUUACUGCAACAGCCAAAACUGGUGGAUGUUGUUAAAUUCCACGGAUCCAGGACAAGAAUUAGAGUGGCUUGUUCAACAGCUGCAAGAAGCUGAACUCAGAGGCGAAAAGGUUCAUAUCAUUGGCCAUAUACCACCCGGUCACAGUGACUGUCUACCUGUGUGGAGCGCCAACUAUAAUCGAAUUAUAAAUAGGUUUGAGAACACAGUCAGAGGUCAAUUUUUCGGUCAUAGUCACUUAGAUGAAUUGGAGAUUUUCUAUGAUGGACACAGACCCACUUCAGUGGCGUACAUCGGUCCAUCGGUCACCAGCUACGACGGCGUUAAUCCUUCUUACAGAAUUUAUACGGUCGAUGGAAAUUACCCGGAGAGCACUCAGGCUGUUUUGGAUCACGAGACAUACUAUUUGAAUCUGACAGAAGCCAAUAUGCUGGAUAAACCAAAAUGGCGGAAGUCAUACUCAGCCCGCAAAGAAUAUGGCCUAACAUCGCUGCAACCGGAUCAGUGGAACAAGCUCCUGGAACGUUUCCAAGAAGAUGAUAAGUUAUUUCAGAAAUUUGUCAGUCAUUUAUAUCAUCUGAGUGACUUUCCAAGAGAAGACUGCACAGGUGAAUGCAAACAAGAGACUCUUUGUCGAAUGCGCACUGCUAGAUCGCACGAUUCUUCGUUUUGUAACUGACAGCUCUUCAUUUGAGUUGUUUGUUUUAUAAUAUGUACAAAGCACCUGACUAUUUCAAGCAUUGUUUCAUCCAAAUUAUCGGAAUUCUAUGAGCAUUGUUAGUUUUGUACCAAAAACUGUUCUUUUAAAACAUGAAGCGACCUCUUUUCCAUAACUGGCCGCAUAAAUUUAGUAAUAGUUCAAGAAAAUUAAGAUUUUAUAGAGGAAGAAACGUACUUGUAAAUUGUUAAAGAGAUGAAGUCUCAGUUAACCCAUGCAAUACUUUCUGAAAGAAAUUUAUCUGAUGUAAGAAUAUUACUACAGUUGCUCCUUUAAAAUGAGAGAAAUAGAAAUUAUAAUUUUAAAUAGGAUUACAAGCAAAUAAAUUAAAGAAACACAUGUCUAUAAAGCUUAACUGAAUACGUUAUUUUAAUGAAUUAAUAUGUUUUAGGAAUCUAAUUUUAAGAUAAAAUAUUUUUCCAUCUGGCUUGGAUAAAAUUGAUUCGUUUGCUUGUAACUCGAAUAUUUUUAAUAUCAAAAAUUAAUAUCGAAGUUCAAAUAAUGAAGGGUAAAUGCACAAAAAUUUUAUAUUAUUUUAAAGCGACAUACAUUGUUAAGUUACAUACAACAGUUUGCAAUGGCUAAUUGUAUUUUAACCAAUCAUUUACAGUCUUCUCUGGUAAUUCCUAUAUAAAAAAGGUAGUAAAGAAGACCAAAUGAUUCAUGUUUAAUUUAGCUUAUAUCCUACCCCCCGUCAUUCGAAAAAAAUGGAGCACAUUUUGAAAUAUUGCAUCAAAAGCGUAAAAUGGGAAAAGAAAAGGAAGGAAAAUUUUCUAAAUAUUUAUUAUACAGAAUAUACCAUAAUGUGAGUCUAAUUCAUGUGCUAAACUGUAUAGGAAAUUAUAAGGUGAAAGUAAUAUUACAGUAUCUUAAAUAUGUUAACCGUCAGCACCUGCCCCAUAUUUCUUUUCUUUUUUUUUUGUGUGUAGCAGGCCUACAGAAUCGUUUACUUUUGUUUAGAAAGGCCACGUAUUAUGUCAGUGCUUAUACGGAGAAAUGAAUGAAUUGAAGACUACGGGGUUUACCCGUAUUUGUUACGUCUAAAUGUUUUGUGAAUAUUUAUUUACAAUCAGUGUCGGUAUUAUUUAUUUAUGUCCUUUGUUUUAUUUAUUGCAGUUUGUGUGUUGUAUUUCAUCUUGUCAUUGAAAAUAAAAUAAAUAUUUUCCAAGUGAA